AUGUCCGACCAAUCAGACGCGAAGCCUCGCAAGUCGCUCAUUCUCAAUGCCUUUGUGGAAAUGUGCAGCGGCCAUCAAUCGCCGGGACUAUGGCGACACCCCGAAGACGAAUCCUAUCGCUUCAAUGAUGUCGAUCACUGGGUUGAGCUAGCACAGCUUCUGGAAUCGGCCAAAUUUCAUGGGAUUUUCAUCGCAGAUGUUCUCGGAGGAUACGAUGUCUACAAAGGACCCAAGAACCUCGGCCCGGCGGUCAUUUCUGGUGCGCAGUGGCCCGUGAACGAGCCUUUGGCUGUUGUGCCUGCUAUGGCGGCGGCGACGAAGAACAUCGGUUUCGGUGUAACGGUCACAACUACAUAUGAACAGCCGUAUCAUCUUGCGAGGCGGCUUUCGACGGUCGAUCAUCUCACUAAGGGACGUCUGGGCUGGAAUGUAAGUCAAUUUCACAAUCUAGGAACAAGCAAAUCCUUGAACAAGAGUAUGCUGACAACUAUCCAGGUCGUUACAGGAUACCUCGAUUCCGCCGCCCGCAACAUGGGCCAAGCCGAACAACCACACCACGACGACCGCUACCUUCUUGCAGAAGAAUAUAUCAAAGUAACCUACAAGCUCUGGGAAUCCUCCUGGCGACAAGACGCCGUAAAGCUAGACCGCGAGCGCGGAAUCUAUACUGACCCAGCGGGCGUGCGCCAAAUCAACCACGUCGGCAAAUACUUCAACGUACCCGGCCCACACCUGUGCCAACCAAGCCCGCAGCGCACACCUGUGAUUCUCCAAGCGGGAACCUCGAAAGCAGGCAAGACGUUCGCAGCACAGCACGCCGAGGCGAUCUUCGUGGCGGGUCACAGUCCAUCUGUGGUGGCGAAGAACGUAAAGGAGAUCCGGGAGUUGGCGGCGAGUGAAUUCGGGCGCGAUCCGCAGAGUAUUAAGUUCCUUGCGCUGCUUUGUCCGGUUCUUGGGAAGACGGAGGAGGAGGCUGUGGAGAAGUUUGAGUAUUAUCGUAGUUUGGGGUCUAUUGAUGGCGCUCUGGCGCUGUUUGGUGGAUGGACGGGAAUUGAUUUGGAUACAUACGGGGACGAUGAGGAGCUGAGGCAUGUUGAAAGUAAUGCCAUUCGGUAUGUUCAAAUUCAGGUUCCAAGACUAUUUGUGGCGAUGACUGAGUGGUAUAGAUCUGCCGUCGAGGGGUGGUCCAAGGCUACGCCUGAAGUGAGCAAGUGGACUAAAGCUACUGUCGGGCAACACAUUACCGUCGGCGGACUUGGUGCUACGCCUGUUGGUACUGCUGCUCAGGUUGCUGAUAAAAUGGAGCGGUGGGUGGAAGAGGCGGAUGUUGAUGGGUUCAAUUUGGCGUACGCAAUCAAACCCGGCUCCUUCAAGGAUAUCGUCGACCUCUUGAUUCCCGAGCUUCGUAAGCGCGGUCUAUUCUGGGAUGACUAUGCCGUUCCUAAAGGGACGUAUCGUGAGAACCUGUAUGGACAGCCUGGCCAGUCGGGUCCCCAUGCAGACCAUCCUGCUUCUAAGUAUCGGUGGAAGGCUGGAGUUGAUGCGUUGGAUGCUCCGGUUCCUGAUAACUAA